UCUCUUUCCCUCUCUCCGUUACAGUGCCGCACCCUGUCCUCUGUGCGUAAAACCUCCCACGUACACCAUCGUCAGCCUCCACGUUUGGUUCCUCCGGCGGCUCCAGGUCGGGCACACAGAGAGAUGGGAGAGGAGAGGCGGCCGCUCUGCCUCUGACGGGGACCCACCGGGGGGAAGGAUGGCUCUUACCAGCCGGGACAUGUUGUGCUUGAUCGGAACCGCCUGCCUCUGGCUGCCGAUAGUGGCGGAGGUGGUGGCCGAGGACAGCUACUUAAACGAGGUGCAGAACUCAGUGCCUCUGUCGUGCUCCGAGGGAUUCACAGAGCUGGGAUACUAUAACGGCACCGUGUCCCAGACGGACUCUGGCGCCCCCUGUCUGAAGUGGACCGAGUUCCCGGACUACGUUAUGCAGUACCCGGGCCGAGGGCUGGGCGACCACAGCUACUGCAGGAACCCGGACAGAGAGUCCAACCCCUGGUGUUUCUUCAGGCAAAACUCUGGAGCCAUUGGAUGGGCCUACUGCGACUGCCACCAGGGUGCGGCGCGUCUGGUUGGCAGCUCGACCUCCGGCAGCGGGCGGGUCGAGGUCUACCUGAACGGCCAGUGGGGCGCGGUGUGUGACUCCCACUGGUCCGACAGAGACGCCAGUGUGAUCUGCAGGCAGCUGGGCCUCGGGGACAUUGGCGCGGCGUUGCGGCAGCCGCAGUUCGGCUCGGGCUCAGGCCUCUUCCACUAUGAGCGCCUGGGUUGCCGCGGUGACGAGAACACCCUCAGUCGGUGCCGGAGCAGGACGUUUGUCACCGGUGACUGUAGCCAUGGAAACGAGGCAGCAGUAGUGUGUGCUGCACCAGAAGGCAGUGGUCCUCCGCUGCGAUUGGUUGGCGGCGAGGAAGACUUUGAAGGUCGAGUGGAGGUGUUCCACGCAGGAAGGUGGGGCUCCGUCUGUGACGACCAGUGGGACGACAGAGAUGCGGAGGUCGUCUGCAGACAGCUGGGUUUCGGGGGGGUGGCGAAGGCCUGGUCGUGGGCUCACUUUGGUCAGGGCUCAGGUCCGAUCCUCUUGGAUGCCGUGAAGUGCACGGGGAACGAGCUCUUUCUGGAGCAGUGUCCCCAUGGCGACUGGGAGCAGCACAACUGUGACCACAUGGAGGAUGCAGGGGUCUCCUGCAGCCCGUAUACAGAUGGGGUGGUGCGGCUGGUUGGAGGAGACAGUCCCUGGGAGGGUCGGGUGGAGGUCCUCCACAACGGCGACUGGGGGACGGCGUGUGACGACCGCUGGAGCCAGCAGCAUGCACAGGUGGUCUGCAGGCAGCUGGGCUACAGGGGCCACGCUGAGGUCGUAUCAGAUGGGACUUUCGGGGAGGGCGUCGGCCUGAUCCUGCUGGACGACGUCCAUUGUGAGGGAACCGAGACCUCCCUCCUGGACUGUCCCCACGGGAUCUGGGGCCGCACCGACUGCUCCCACAGCGAGGACGUUGGUGUCCGGUGCAGGAGACUCAGUCAAGAAACCAAUGACGUGCCGGUCAUCGCACCCUCCACGGGUCCCCUGGUGCGACUUGUGGGGGGCAGCAGCAGAAAGGAGGGUCGAGUCGAGGUGUAUCUCCACGGCGACUGGGGAAGUAUUUGUGACUCGGGCUGGAAUGACCUCAAUGCUGCUGUGGUGUGCAGACAACUUGGACACAGUGGUGGAGCUGUAGCAGCCGGAGGGUUUGGUCAGGGCAAAGGGCCCAUCCACCUGGACCAGGUGAGGUGCACGGGCAAGGAGGAGUUCCUGGGAGAGUGUCCGUCUCUCGGUCAGAGCACCCGGGGCUGCAGGCGCCGGGUGGACGCUGGACUGAGGUGUGACGUCGCGCCGCGGGAAUUGGCCGUAGCCGCCGGGCAUCGAGAGCUGAGCUGUGGGCUGAGGAAGCUGGUGGAGGAGGAGAACAAGAGGAGACGCCAAGGGGAGGAAAAUAUGCUCAGCACCACGUGGCCAUGGCAGGUUUCGGUGUGGCUCGAGUCACGAGGAGACGCCGGCGGUCCGGUCUGUAGCGGCACUCUGAUCGGCCCCUGCUGGGCCCUGACUUCCGCUUACUGUGUCAGCAGGUUUGGCAGCGACCCGUCCAAGUACGUGGUGCGCGUCGGGGCUCGGACCCUCACCCCGGAGCAGGUGGUAGUUCACAGGAAGUUCAAGGGUCAGAGUGGAGGUCACGAUCUGGCUCUGUUGAAGCUACCCAGCACCAAGGGUCACUGUCUGACCUUUGACCCUGACAUCAACGCAGCGUGCCUUCCUGCUGCAGACGCAGCAUCGGCAGGGACUACUCCAUCUUCUUGUGUUGUCGUGGUUACUGCUGGCUGGACCGGACCAGACUCAGUUCUUGCAUCCUGGGUCCCUCUGAUGUCGUCAUGGCAAUGUAAGAAGCGCUACGGCGACAGCUUCUCCAGCCAUGGCACCCUGUGCGCCGGCAGUCCUCCAGACGCCAGCCUCCUCCACGACGACCGCUGUGAUGGCAACUCUGGAGGCGGGCUGGUGUGUCAGGGGGAGACGGGUCGAUGGGUCCUCACUGGGGUCGUUGCCGGGGGUUACGGCUGCGCCGGCCCCUCGUCUCCCUCACUCUACACCCGAGUCAGCCGCUUCAGGAGCUGGAUCGAGGAAGUCAUCAAUCCAGAGGAACCGAGCACACCCACAAACACACAAGAAGAUCCGACACGUGUCGACAAUGACCCAAGACACACACACGACGAGGGCAAGGGUGGAAACUUCCACGUGCACGGCAAGCUCAAACACACACACGAUCAACAAGAAACGAAUGAAAUAAUUGAUCUUAAACAGAAACACAGCCACCACUCACACACCAACCAGCACGGUAACACACAUGCUAUAGUCUGAUUGAGGCCGUGCCACUGGCUCACCAUUUGUACCAGGUGACACCCGGAGGAGGAGGAAAGAGGGUUUAUCGGAAGACAAAAGUAAACUUUAAGAAAAGAAAGAUGCUCCUCACUCGAGCCGUCCCUGCUCAUUUCAGAUCUGAACUCAGAGUGUGUGGGUCAUUUGGGGGCUUUACAUGUGAGCUGCAGCCUGUUGAGAAGAAGAGCCAUAACUGAUUGGCUCAGUGAUGUUUCAGUUGAACCUGGCGUGCUGAUCGAGGCCUUUCACUGAUACUGAAUAUCCCAAAAAAUCAGCAUGGCAUGUCAUUUAAGGACAAUACUGUUAGACAUUUUCUGGGGAUAUUUUUAAGAUGUUCACACGCAAGAAUCUAUGCUAAAUUUCACCUAUUCCUGCGUGUCUCCUGUGUGUUUAAUUAUACAAAUCCUCAAAGUAACUGUCAGAACAUCUUGAAUUAAGGCUGGCUGUAAAUCAUCAGGAUUAUUAACCCAAACUCCUGUGUCAGAUGUUAAAAUGCAGAUGUUCCAGCAGGACUCUUCAGGCUGUUGUCUUAUAAGUUUACUGGUGAAAGUGCUGUUUAGACCCACAAUUAAGCUAUUUCUCUUUGGACCAUAUCGGUUAGUAUUCAUGUUUUAGUCUCUUUAUUCACUGUAUCAAUGACUACAAUAAUGAAAAAGUUAAUUAAACUGUGCAGAAGCCACAAGCCUUGAACUCAACUGGGCUUUCAUUUUGAUCUGUAAUGUUUUCUAAAAAGACCCGAUUUUAUAAAAAGCUUUAAAAUGUUUGUUGAUGGUUAAUAAAAUAUUUACUAUUAACUUAGGGAUCAGAUAUAAGCAGCUCUUGAGUUGCCGGGCUUCUAAUGAACAUUUCCUUACUUUGUUUUUAUUUUAAUCAGAACUUUAAUAAUAAUGACUAAUGUCACUAUUAUUAAGAGUGUUUCUUUCAAAGUAAAACACUUAAUAGUGACUUUCCAACCAGAUAAAACCAGCAAAUCAAAAAUAAAUAAAUAAUUAACCAUGAAGAAAAUGGUUACUUCUGUUUACAUAAUACCUUUUUAAAGGAGGUCUAAUCAACAGUGUAGACACUCAUCAAGCCCCUUUUUGUGUUUUAAUUUGAAUCUUGGGAUUGAUUGAAUUACAAAACUCAAGCAAGAGUUUGCUGAUUGAUUCUAUUCCCAAAUGAAAACAGAAAAAAAUGUCUUCUUUUUAAAGAUAACCGGAAAACAUUGUUUCAUCUGCAGUUUUCUCAAGUGAAUAUAAAUAGUUUAAGGGCUGAAACAUGCACAAACACCGGUGUGGUCCUUCUCUCCUCAAAGCCAUUGGAGUCUGACUUUCGGGUCUUUUUGUACCGAUUCCAGCAGAUGUUUGUAGAUAAGUAGACAAAUAGAUGAAUAGAUGGAUGCUGUUCCUGACGUUAGAUAGUAAGUGUUCAUCCCUAGACUGACUUAGACUCUUGAAGUUAAAUGUUGUCUGUUCUGUUGUACUGAGCAGGUGUGUGAUCCACCCCCAGAAGAUGGCGACAUUGUUCUAUUUCCACCGGUCGUUGGAUACCUCCCCCCCCUCCCAUGGUUCUUUUUAUACUGUUGCUAUAAGUGUACAGACGCGACUUGUGCUUUUUAGGGUGCUGUGAACCUUUGUGUCGUGAAGCAUCCUGUGACCUCCUGGACGUGAACUCAAUCCCUCCCUGCUCCUUCUUUCCUUCAUUCAUUCCUGAGAAUUGAUGUCUUAUCAUGCAGAUCCCUGUAGGUUCAUGUAAAUACUGUUUGUUUGUGACCGGGCGAAUAGGGAGAGAAGUGUAUAGUGUUCAACUAGUUCCUCUGUGUAAUGUGCUGAAUCAUGGUUGAGCAUUAAAAGACAUACCUGGUGAGAACGA